UUGAUCAGUGAAUUCCUUUUGCUCAUAGUGGUAAGCUUAUAAAUAUUUCAGAAGUGCCAAUUUCCAGUGUAGUAUCUCGAAAACAGUUGUCCAAGACAUAACUACAUACACACAUAUCUGGAGCCAAAUCGAGCGUUCUUCAAAGUAUUAUGAAGCUGUUGGUUUCGUUCUUGGCCUUUGUGGUCAUUAUCUAUCAUCCCAGUGAGGCCCAAAAGAAUAACUUGGCCGCGUGCUCGUGCAUCAGAGUUAAGGACCCCGUGUGCGGGACUGACGGUCGAAAUUAUCUUAACCCCUGUCUAGCAAAGUGUCACAAUGUGGGGGUUGCUUGUGAAGGAAACUGUCCUUGUCGUAUGGAUUCUUGCCAGUGCCCCGAAAUAUUCAGUCCAGUAUGCGGAGUCUCUGGCCAGACUCACGAGAACAAAUGUCGAGCUCGCUGCCAAGGAGAUAGGGUUGAAUGCGACGGCUCUUGUCCUUGCCAGAAGUCCGGAGGCCAAUGUUUCUGUCCCUUCAACUUUGAACCGGUGUGUGGGGUGAAUGGGAAUGACUAUGACAAUCGGUGUCUGGCCAGAUGUGCUAACGAGGAUAUUCAAUGCGAGGGUAGAUGUCCCUGUGCCAAGCCAGAGUUUUGUCCAGCCAUCUUUUCGCCCGUUUGUGGAGCCGAUGGGGAGACUUACAGCAACUCUUGCGUAGCCGGACAAAGAGGAGUGAGAGUGGAAUGUAACCAACAAUGCCCUUGCACCAAACGUUGCCAUGAAUGCUGCCGUCCGAAUGACAAUCCCCAGUGUCAACUUGUCCGUGUUGACUGUAGCGAAUGUCCUAGGUUGAAUUAAUUCUCUAGUUUCAAGAUGUAAAGACGUGCUUUCUAUUCUACACAUAAUAACUUCAAAUGAUAUGAAAAUAAUAAUUCUACCCAUGCAUGAAAACAAA